ACCAUAAAGGCCUGGGAAAUACAGGUCGAAACACUCAGAGACAUCAGGGACUGGAUCAAGGACCAACUGCAUGACUUUACACUGGAGAAACGCAUGGCCAGAGACCCCCUCACCCUGCAGGCCAGGAUGGCAUGUCGCUGUGAGGAUGACAGACACAUCAGUGGAUCCUGGCAGUUUGGCUUGAAUGGACAAAUGAGCCUCCACUUUGAUUCGGAGAAUGGCCACUGGAGAGUGGAUCACCCUGGAGGCAGAUGGAUGAAGGAGAAGUGGGAGAGUGACAGGGCAGUGACCGACUUCCUGAAGAAGGUCUCCAUGGGAGACUGUCGGGCUUGGCUUCAGGCUUUCAUGGUGCACUGGGAGGAAAUGUUGAAGACCACAGCAUCACCGACCACGGUCCCGCCUACAGUGCAGCCCACAGUCCCGCCUACAGAGCAGCCCACGGCCCCGGCCAUCAGUCCCAUCACCUGGAUCGCCCUUGGGGUUCUUGCCAUUUUUGUCAUAAUGGGCAUCGUAGCCUGGAUCCUUUACAAGAAGAGGAGCACAGGCCUAGCCUAUCCCCUCCCCACAGUCUCUACUGUGGGGCUCCUGCUUGCCUGCUUGCCCCGCCACUUCAUAUGA